AUGGCUGAGUUCGAUAAGCUGACCGAGGCUCCUGUGGAGUUUCUCAAAGAAGGUUCCCAAUUUGUUGCCAAGUGCACGAAGCCAUCUAAGAAGGAGUACCUGAGACUGAUUCGUGCCGUGGGGCUUGGUUUUUUGAUGAUGGGCGUUGUUGGAUACGCCAUCAAGCUGAUCCAUAUUCCAAUCAGAUAUCUGAUUGUUUAG